UAAAGAGUGCAGUGGAGGGAGGAAAGCUGGACAUUGUUCUGUUCCAAAUUUCAGAGUCAUGUCUUUCCUUUUGACUCCAGUCUUGAUCGCAAUUAUCGUAAUCUUGAUUGGGAGGAUCUUUAAAAGUGAAGGCCCCAGCAAGAAAACAGAAGAUGAGUCUAAAACCAAGCCAGAGCACCAGCCAUGGGUAGAUGAAGACUUAAAAGACAAUACAGAACUCCACCAAAUAGAAGAUGAGGAUGAGUUGCACGAAUCAGAAGAAAACCUUGAACAUGUCCCAUUCUCCAGUCCACGUUUUCCGGAGUCUGAAAUGAUUAAGCGAUCCCAGGAAUUUUAUGAGCUUCUCAAUCAGAGGCGGUCUGUCAGGUUCAUAAGUGAUGAGCCUGUCCCAAGACAAGUUAUUGACAAUGUCAUCAAAUCAGCAGGAACAGCACCAAGUGGGGCACACACAGAGCCUUGGUCCUUUGUGGUUGUGCAAGAUGAAGAAAUUAAACACAAGAUUCGAAUGAUCAUUGAGGAUGAAGAGGAAGUAAAUUACAAGAAAAGAAUGGGAGCCAAAUGGGUUAAUGACCUAAAGAAACUAAAAACCAACUGGAUCAAAGAGUACUUGGACACAGCCCCUUAUCUGAUUCUCAUUUUCAAAAAAAUCUAUGGUAUAACUUCGAGUGGCAAAAAAAAGACACAUUACUAUAAUGAGAUCAGUGUUUCCAUUGCUUGUGGCAUCCUUCUUGCUGCCUUGCAGAAUGCUGGCCUUGUGACAGUCACAACUACCCCUCUCAAUUGUGGACCUCGCCUGAGAACACUACUGGACCGGCCUGCCAAUGAAAAGUUGCUGAUGCUUCUCCCUGUUGGGUAUCCCAGAAAAGAUGCCACAGUUCCUGACUUAAAGCGAAAACCCCUGGAGGAGAUUAUGGUGGUUGUGUAGACUGGAAGCUUCUCCCUUUUCUCCCUAAAAUUCCUUCUUCCCUUUCCCCUAAGCUCAGCAGCCGCUCACUAUAGAUGUUGAUAGGCCUCUGUAGCACUCCAUUUCUUAGUGGUGACAGCCACAAGGGAUAAUAAAUGUUUCUAACCUUC